CACAAACUUCAAAUCACAACCGGUCAUUUGAGUUGCGUACCGUACAGAUCGAACCACCGAAUGAAAACCCAUUUCCUAGCGCCAUCGGAACACUGCACCAACCGUUAACAGCCGUCAGAAGGAAGCUGCGUUUCGCUUUAUCGAACAACCUGAGAGAAGGAGAGAGAGGCCAUAGUAAAAUCGUUGGUUUGAAAAAGAAAAAGGGUCGAAGAGUGGGAAUGGAGUUUCGUCUUUGAUGGGUUGUUUUUGGUAAAAGAAAGGAGCCCUUUUGAGUUUGUGGGUUCAAAGAGAGGAGAAUCAUGGGCAGCGAAGUGAAUGAAAGCGACGAAUACUCGCUGCUCAAGAAUCUGAGGCUGGAAUUUGAUGGAGAUGAUGGGUGUUUUACUGUUUGCUUUUGGGUUUAUCUUAUGAAUUCUACUACAUUCCCUGUUUCAAUCCUUCAACAGGUGCAAUUAGAUUCCUCGAGCAUGACUCCUUUUCUCAUUCUGAGUGAAUGGAAUAGACUGAAGAUUAUGCCUUUGACCACCUUACACAAAGCUGAUGAAGGUUCCAGCCCUGGCAGUUCUUCUUCAGCAAAUGUAGUUCCACAUGAAUAUCUAGAUGUCGACUUCCCUAUGGAAAAAUGGGUUCACAUUGGAUGUGAGGUCUCCACUGAUUUUGUCAGGCUGCAUAUUGAUGGAAAAAUGGUUGGAGAAAAGCCUGUGUCAUCUUCACUCAGUGAAGACACCUUUCCAAGGGGUUUGGGGAGGAUUGUUUUAGGCAACAAUGGUGAAGACAUCAGCUUACAGGGCUAUGUUCAUAAUGAAAAAGUUUUUCCUUCAGCUUCGUUGAUCAGGGAUCAUUAUGCUGAGGACUUACCUGUUAAAUUAUUUAUUGACAACUCUUCUACCAUGGAGAUUGAAGAGGGGGGUGAUGGCAUCUGGAAUAUAGUUGGUGGCAAGCCAUCUUGUCGUAGAAAUUUUUCAUUGGAUGUUAUGCUGUUAGAUUCCUCUGGCCAGCCUGUUCUGAAGGAACUUGAGGUUGUUGCCUCCCUCACCUAUGCUGACAGCGGGGAAGCUGUGGAGAAGUCAGGUGAUGAAGAAGCUCCCCUUUUGGCAAGCUAUGAUGGUGUUGAAUUUGCAUCCAGUGAUAGACCAAGUAAACUGUUGCAUGGGCGUGCCUCCUUUAAGCUAAAAAUAUCUCAGUUAUCUUCUAAAUGUGAUAACAAGCUCUUCCGCAUUAGAUUUUGUAUACCUAGUGUUGAGGGGUAUCCCUUCUUCGAGGCUCUCUCUUCUCCAAUUCGCUGUAUAUCAAGGAGUCGAAAUACUCGUAUGUCAACUUUGAUGUUGAAAAGAUCUACCUUCCAUUCUCUUGAUGUAUCUCGGUCAUCUGGUCUGGACAAUGGAACCUCAGAACAUGAGCAUGUUUCAGUUGAAGAAGAAAAGCCAAGUCCACUAUUGAAGAGGGUUAAAUCAGGGCAAGAUAGACCAACUCAUAACGAUGAUCCUUCAUCAGGGCAACCAGAUGAGGAAUGCAAUUCUCAUUCCUUCACUGCUAAUGGGGCUGGAAAUGGAUUUGGCUCAAGAACAGAAAGAUCCAAAAAUAAUGGAUCGACUGGAGCCUCCCCAUCAGACUCCGGAAGCACUGAAGCAAGGCAUUCGGCUCCAAAUAGAACUAGAACCAAUGGAAAUCCAAUAUCAGAUGUGAACAUUUUCAAAUAUUGCCUAGCAGGUUUAUCUGAGAGGUCCCUUCUGCUCAAGGAGAUUGCAACCUCUGUGUCACAGGAAGAAAUUUUGGAAUUUGCCGAGCAUGUUUCCCUAUAUUCUGGAUGCUUGCACCAUAGGCAUCAAAUAUUAAUGUCAAGAAAAUUAAUAGAGGAGGGAACACGAGCUUGGAACUCAAUCUCACAAAAUAAACAUCAUGUUCAUUGGGAGAAUGUUGUUUUUGAGAUUGAAGAGCAAUUCAUCAGAAUUUCUGGCUGCAGCUCUAGAUCUCUCACUCAGCAGUUUCAGGAUUUUGAGUUGCUGAGAAGAAUUUCUGGUUGUCAAGAGUAUCUGACCCAAGAGAGCUUCGAAAGAAUGUGGUGUUGGUUAUAUCCUGUAGCUUUUACUUUAUCCAGACAAUGGAUAAAUGCAAUGUGGAGUUCUUUAUCACCUAAGUGGAUUGAAGGAUUCAUUACCAAGGAAGAAGCUGAAUUAUCACUUCAAAGUCCAGCAGGUCUUCAAGAUCCUGGGACGUUUAUUCUUCGAUUUCCCACCUCAAGAAGCUGGCCUCAUCCUGAUGCCGGUAGCUUGGUAGUUACCUAUGUUGGCAAUGAUUAUGCUCUUCAUCACAGACUUCUUACACUUGAUCGCAUUUUCAGUUCUACUGAAGGAGAGAAGAAUAUGAGAAGUCUUCAGGACAUGCUUCUAGCAGAACCCGAGCUAUCUCGUUUGGGAAGGACAAUUCGAAGCCACUAAAUCGUUAGAGAAUGGCAGUAUCCUUCCGCACCAUUUUGUUUAGUUUCCUUUAGUUACAGAUAUCUCUCAUCAGUUAAGUUGUACAUAUUGCAAAUACAAGAGUUGUUUGGAAAAGAAUAUUAAUAGGCAUGUUGGAGCCAUUCCAGAACCAAGAUUCAAAAGGUGAACCAUUCGGUCGUCAUCAUCAUAUACACUCUUCCUCUCCUCAAAACAUUACUCAUAGAAACUACGAGUUAUAGGUGAAACUUCGUCAUCUCAGUAGCGCUCAUACGAGAACUCGCACAUCAGAGACGAUUACAUCAUAUUACCAUCUUCAGUCAGGAUAUCUCAUCCCUCAGCAGUUUUGGUUGUACUUUUUUUAACAAAACCUUGAAUUAGCAGGCAAUUCUUGUAAGUUUUUCUUUUUCUCUUUUAAUCUCAAAGUAGUAUCUAUUAUCUAAGUUAAACUUGUUAUACCAAGAGUGAUUCAUAAUCUACCAUUACUUAGGUGAAA